UUCAAAUUGAAUUAAAAAUUCACCAGAUGAACUUCGUUUUCGAUCAGAGCAGACAACUAUAAAUGUUUUCAUAAAAACCCAAAAAAAAAAUAAAUAAAACUUUAGUAAAUUGUUUGAAAGUAAAGUCCCAAAAUUCGUAAAUUCUCACCAUGAAGGACUCUUACCGUCCCGACUGCUGUCCCAUUCAAGAUCCAAUUCCCCACGAUGCCACAUCCUUCGUGCGCGACAUCUCCAAGGAGCUGGAAAAGCUUUGCCGACGCCACCAGCGGAUGUUCGUGAAGCGUCGUCGGCUAAUGGAGAUGGCUGUGCCCAGGGUACGGGUGGGCCGUUUCGUGCCCAAGUGCGCCUGUCCCUUCACCAAGUCCAUCGAGAUGGUGUAUCCCUGCCAGGCGGAGAGUCACACCCGCACCGAGCAACUGGCCCUGCCAACCGUACGCCGCCUGCUCUUCCGCCGGCGAGCAGCUAUCCUUGCCGGCGACGAGAUCGGCGAAGCCAUCCUGAAUCGAUUGCUACGCUACAGCUACAUGUCGCUCUACAGCCGAUUGGCCAACUCCCAGCCACUGAAAAAGCCUAAAAAGAAAAAGAAGAAGACGGACAAACAGCUGGCCAAACAAAACAAAUAUAUUGCAAAACUGGCGAAACCGAAAGUUCCCCCACAGCCACCAAAGCCAGAAAAGAAAGUAGGCGAAAUCGAUGAAGCACGUCUGAAGGCUUUGUCCAGUCCCAAGGCCUAUGUGGAGGAGGUGAAACCCAAAUGGGAACUAACUCCCGAGAUGAAAAACUACAAGGCAUCCAAAAGGCUCAAGGUUAUAGCCUCACCAGUCCAGAGGGAAAAUGUGCACAUUAACGAGAAUCCGGAGAAAGUAAAUCCAACUGCACUGAAAUACAAACCGAGUGCCCGCAUCAAGGAAAUGGCCGAACCUCUAAAGACUCGCGAUGCCAAUCAGGGUUUGACCGAUGUCAAGGAAAACCCUUUUGGCAUCUCUCCCAAUGCCCUCAAGUACAAGCCAACGUCACGCAUCAAGGAGCUGGCGGAGCCCAAGGAGUUCGAGAAUACUCACAUCCGGGAGAAUCCCUUUGCCAUUUCACCCGCCGCCCUCAAGGCCAAGGCCUCUCCGCGACUCAUCGAGCUGGCCAAGCCCAAGGGCGGUUAGAUGUGGAUAUGAAGGUCAUACAUAUUGCAAUACGUUUCGGUGUUAUUAUAGUUUUAAUUUUUCGGCCAUGUUUGGUAUUAAGUUUCCCAUUAAAUUUGUAUUUUGGUUUAUAAGAAUUUCUGCUUAA